AUGCCUGUAUUCACGCAUCACUUAAGCCUUAUUUUUUAAAAGCAAAGCUGGAAAAUGAGCCUUAUCAACGGAUUACGAAUGUUUCCGAUCGGAGGUUGUCGGGAGUAAAAUACCAAUCGGGGAUCAAUUAUCAAUAUCUGUCCUCAUACCAUUUUUGGAUCAAAAAGUAUUUUGGCAAUUGAAAACGUGGGAUGUUAUUUCAUUAUUUGGUCAUAAUUAAAAUAGCAUUUGUUCUUAAACAACUAUUAAAAUAUAGAGAAAAUCAUGUCUUAUCAAUCAUCAAUUCAUCAUUCAUCACAGUUUUCAGCCACAAUGCCAUCUACUACUAAUUGGAGUAGUUACAAGCUUGCAUUAAACAUUUCACAUCUGGUCAGCGAACCCCUGUUCACUCUCUGCAGCAUUUCUACAAACAAAAAGCAGGCAUCUUUAGAAACAGAGUUUGAUCAGCCAUGUCUGAUUUAGUUACUGAAGUUUGGAAGAAAUACCUUCUGCAACUUCAAAUCCACCCUCUUAGAACCAAGGCAAUUACUUCUGGGGUUCUUGCUGGGUGUAGUGAUUUCGCUGCCCAAAAGAUUUCUGGGGUCAAAAGGCUUCAAUUUAGGAGAUUGUUCCUUAUUACGAUAUAUGGGUUCUUCUAUAUUGGACCAUUUGGGCAUUUUUUUCACAAAGUAAUGGACAAGAUUUUUAGAGGAAAGAAGGGAAACACAAUUGUGGGAAAGAAGGUGUUACUGGAGCAAUUGACUGCUAGUCCAUUGAAAACUAUAAUUUUUAUGAUGUAUUAUGGUCUUGUGAUUGAAGGAAGAUCAUGGCCACUUGUCAAGAGUAAGAUCAAGAAAGAUUACCUUCCUAUACUGUUAAUUUCUUGGAAGUUUUGGCCGGUUGUUAAUUGGGUGAACUACCGGUAUAUGCCUCUGCAACUCCGUGUUCUGUUUCACAGCCUCGUUGCUUCUUGCUGGGCAAUCUUCCUUAACCUCAAAGCAAGAUCUACUGCCAUUAAGAAGGCCUAAAUGAUACCUGAAGCAGUCUCCUUACCUUGAAUUUUGAAGGUUAGAGAUCAAUUGACUGUAGCUACUUCAGGAGUUGGAACUUGGAAGUCCCAUCAAUCAAUAAUCAUUGAAGAUGAUCAUAAUUUCUCCUUGAUUCUAACUUGUAUGCUUGAUAAUGAUGUGUGCUUCGUUUGCGUUAGCCUGUCUCCAAUCAUUACCUUAACUCCUUGUUGGAUUUACAUAUGAAAAACAAAAUAAUAUUUGUAUUUGGUGGUUUGGAGUGCUCGUUUGGUUUACAUGGGAAGUAAUUUCCAUGAA